AUGGUAGAAUGGGCGAGAACGACCGCCAAGAAUCUUGGUGUAAAGUUGGUGAGCCGUAGUAGCCCUUCAAAUAGAGCAUAUCUUACUUGUGAUCUAUUUGGGGUGAAGAGACCAAGUAAAACAGACACAGAUGUGCCAAACAAGAGAUGGUCGGGCACAAAGAAAAUUAAUUGUAAAUUUUACUUGGUGGGAAAGCAACAUUACGGGGAUAGAUGGGGAAUUAGAAUAUUAUAUGGGAAGCAUAAUCAUGAUCCCGUACAUUUGUUUGGGCAUGGGUCUACGAAAAUGACUGAAGAGGAGGUGGAAAUCACUCGGAUGUUGGCAAAAAGUCAUGUGCCGCCGAAGAAGAUUUUAAUACAUUUGAAGGAGAAGAACUUGGCACAAGAUGUGCAUUUGAGACAAAUAUACAAUGAAAAGGCGAAAAUGAAAAAGGAGGCUAGAGGCGGACAUACAAUUAUGCCGCAUUUGGUUGGGUUGCUUGAGGAACAUAAGUAUUAUAAGUGGAUCCGCACUGAUCCAACUACGCAUGAAGUGAUUGAUCUGAUGUGGGCACACCCUCAGUCGGUCGAAAUGUUGAGACUGUUUCCAUACGUUUUGUUGUUUGACUGUACGUACAAAACAAAUGUGUACAAAAUGCCUUUGUUGGAGAUUAUUGGUGUUUGCUCUGAGGGUCUGAAUUUUACUGUUGCAGUGGCAUUUAUGCGCCAUGAAAAUGAAGAUCAUUAUACGUGGGCGUUGAACAAUUUGAGAAAAUUAUACCUCCCAAACAAUGUACCGGGGGUCGUUGUGACUGAUAGGGAAUUGGGGCUGAUAAAGGGGUUAGAGAAUGAAUGUGGGUCGUCGUGCUGCACAAUGCUUGGGUAA